CAGUGGGAGCUAUCGUUUUAUUUUUCUUUUAGGGGCCACAAUCAUUACACGUUUAUUUACUGCGUUUUGUGAAUGCAUGUUGAAUGUAUGUUGAACGCUAGUAAUGGACAUGUGCGCGGCCAUGUCGAUAGGCCUAAUUAAUUAUUAAACAUGAUAGAUAACCUAGUUUGCAAAAUUUUCUGUAGAUGGCAAACAACAACAACCCUUUCAACCUGCGUUACAUCCUGGAAAACAACAAGUUAUCCGGGACCAACUUUCUUGACUGGGAGAUGAACCUCCGAAUCGUUCUUAACUGUGAGAGGAAACUCUACAUCCUAGAAACGGAUCCUCCCAAGACCCCUGAUGCUAAUGCUCGUGCGUCCGAACUCACUUCCUUCAAGAAGUAUGAGGACGACGCGCGAGAUGUAAAGUGUAUCAUUAUGGCCAGUAUGACCGCGGAGCUCCAAAGGCUCCAUGCGGACAUGGAAGUGCGUCCUAUGAUACAAUGCUUAAGAGACCUUUACCAGGGUCAACCCCAAAACUCAGAACUUGCAUGAAUGUAGACAAUUGACGGAGGGAGAGAUACAACUAAAAGUCGGCAAUGGCGCACUCGUCUAUGCAUUGGCCAUCGGAACCUAUAGUUUAUCUCUACCUAGUGGUCUAAUAUUGCAUUUGAAUAAUUGUCUGUUUGUACCUAGUAUGAGCAGAAACAUCAUUUCUGUAUCCUGCCUUGACAAAGCAGGAUUUUCAUUCGUUGUAAAAGACAAAACUCUUUCUGUCUUUAGAAAUGAUAUAUUUUAUGCAAGUGCAAAAAUGACCAACGGUCUCUAUAACCUUGACAUGGAUACUACAAUAUAUAACGUAGAUGUUA